GAGCGAAACCCAAGAGCCGUGGUUGUCAUUCGAGCUCUCUCUAAUUCCAGUCCCCCCACUCACCGCCGUUUCCCGCAUUCUACCCCAAUUUACCCCUGCAUAUCCCACAUGAUGUCUCGAAACAUACGGCAAAAAUACCCUCGCGCCCCGGUCAAAGUAGCCAAGCGCCGGGGCUCGGACUCCUCUUCAUCCCUCAACCUCUCCGACGACGACGGAUACUCGGGCGUCGAAGAUAUCAGCGAUUCAGAUGACGAGGACGAGGACCAUGUCCGCGCGGCCGAGGAGAAGCACAUCAUCUCCCACGAACUCCGACACGUUGUCUCGGAGCCUCCUCGGCCGCCUCUCAAUGAUGACAGUGAUGCUGAUGAAGAGGACGAAGAGGACGACGACGAUGAAGAAGAUGAGGAAGAAGAGGAAGAUGAUGAUGAUGAUGAUGGCGACGAGGUGGCCGAAGGAGACGACGAAGUUGGCCAUGAGACCGUCAGUUGGGAUGGUAUCCUGUCUGAUAUUGACGAUGGCGCCAUUUCUGAUCUUGCUCCAACCAACUACAUCCUUGAUGAGGAAGUGAUAUAUGGUGAACGCCAUGUCCGCUUCACUGGCGUACCGGAUAGCGACUCUGAUUCGACCACCACCGAUACGACGAAGGACAUUGAUGGCUUCUUCCCUGACCUCUUCGUCGAGCAGAAUUCUCUUGACCCGGCAUUCCGUCGUGAGAUUGAGUAUGAUCCUGAUGAAUCCUCGAACUCGGGUUCGUUCUGGGACUUCCACAGUCAGGACCAAUUUGGCCUCGAUUCUGAUGCCGACAUUGGCGUGGCAGUGCAGGAGGAGGACACUCCGACCGCCACGCCCUGUGUAAGCCAAGUUCCCACCGAGGUAUCAACACCUGUUCCAUCGGGCGAACCGGUCAUGGAGCUUGAUGGAUACGAAACCGAUGGUGACACCACUGAGGAUGAUGUCCCUGAGCCACCUGUUCGUAGGAAGCAGGUCCGGCGGUGCCCGUCCGUGGAUGUAUCGUCAGACUCUGACACUGAACGGCCUGUUCGGCGCCGGCGCGGCCACGGCAAGCCCCGCUUGGGUCGCUAUAAUCUGGACAGCUCUGACAGGAAGCCCAUCGCCGUCGUCAACCCUAUCUCGCGCAAGAUGAUGAUCUUCACGCCCCAGAGACUACGACGGCUGGACUUGUCUCCGGAGUCGUUCAAUCUGGAUUACUUCAACAAUCCCGAAAUCACCCAGUCCUCCCCUAUUCUCAGCAAUUCUGCCUCCCUCAUGAUGAGUGCCAUGUUUUCUUCAAAUACUUUUGGCGAUUUCAUGAACACACAAGCCGUGGGCCCUGCCGAAGCCUUCUUCUCUUUUACGUCGGAUGCCAUAACCGCGGACGAUAGCGACGAAACCGGGGUCGAUUGCGAAGAGGACGAGGAGGACGAAGAAGAGAGGAACCUGAAGCUCGAGGAUUUCAUCACCUUCCAUCAGGAGUCCUCCGAGGAUGAGGACGAGGGAGACGACGACAACUGGGAUGCGAAUACCGAUGUCGCGUCUACCCCCGGCCGCCCACGGACGUCUGCCAGUGCCGUCAGCGCCACCAGCGACCUGAGCAUGGCGGGAGCUCACCCCUUGCUGAGCCACUUCGACAACAACUCGGACGCUGUCGGUGCGUUCCGCCGGAACCAGAUCAAUCAGCAACUGAUCCUCAGCGACAAGGCGACCCCGGCCUCGCUGGCCUUCUCGGGCCCGUACUACCACGGCACUCUCAGGGGCAUCAAAACUGGCAGCAUGGAGGCAGUGUCGACGCCAAUCACGCCCGUGCGUCGUCAGAAGCGGCCCAGUGUCAGCGACCUCAACCGAAGUCCUCUCGAGACCGUCUCGCAGAAGAGAAAGGCCUCGUCGGCGAUCGGCGACCCCCUCCACAAGCGACACCGGAGCAUCUCGGAUAUGGAAAUCCUGCACAUCUGAUAGGUAUCUAAUGUUUAUUAGAAGCAUCGGUAUGGACUGUAUGUAAUACCUAGGCGCGCGGGAAACCGGAACUCAAAAAACGACCAAG